AUGGACGGGUCUGCAGUGCUUUAUUCUCCCGAAUACUUUCUAGUUGAACUUGGACUAGAGACGAGGGGCGACCUGUACGCUCUACGUUCAUUUUGUGAACGAAAAGAAAAGCAGACAAAAAGCAAAGAUGCUGAAGAACGAAAGCAGUCCUUAAUUGACAAAAUAAGGUGCAAGAAAGUAAAGCACUCAAGUGGCCAUGAGUCGCAGAAGAAAAAUACGCCCUCUAGCUCCUAUGGUAAACCGCGAAAAUUUGAGUUAGGCUGGCAGCAUUUCUCAGAAGUCCAGAAAAGGUUUGUUGCUGUUCGACAGUCCAGAGGAGGGGGGACAAGGUCUGUAUCGAUGUCAGGCAACAGUACCAUUUCCGACAUUCUAGAGGAAGUUCGGAACCUGUUUUUCCCUCAAGGAAAAUCAGUAUAUGGAAAUUGGAUGGACAUGGAUUGCGAGUUAGCAAACUUUAAGGGUGAAGUGAAAACAAGCCUAACCUCCCAUGAAGGUAAUGUAAUGGACUUCUCUCUUCAAUCAUACUUCGAACUCCACAAGCUCACUCGUGUCCGCCUGUAUCUGAGGACGCGGCAAAGAGGAACAUCAUCCAUCUCAGUUGAGGAGGGGGAACCGGAAGCCGAGUCGGAGACUCUUGGAAUGCUUAAAGGAAGCUCGCGUGAAAGGGCCAAACUGAGAGAGGAACAAGACGGAGAGUAUGUGGAAAGCCUGCGCGCGGACCGCGCGAAAACGGAGCGUAGGGAACAAGCCCUUAAGGAAGAAUUAAAUAAAGCAAGAAAGGUCGAAGAAAUUCACGCCACUCGCUUGUCAAGAGUGUUAGACGAACCAACGGUAGAUGAACCGCGUGUGGUUGUUCGUGUCCGCCACAUCGACUUGGGCUUGGUCAAUCGUGCGUUCAAACCCAACCAGAAGAUGACGGCAGUGUACGAUUGGAUUGGCUCGCUGCAGCUUAUUCCGCUGUACUUCUCGUUAUCCAGCACACCAGGCAAUGUGAUAGACCCGUCUGUGUCUAUAGACUGCUCAGCUGACAAAGUGUUGUUUAUGGAGCAGAGGGAUGAUCCAAUACCAUUGUCAGCAGAUGACGAUGAAGUUUCCUUUAAAGGGUUUGGCGAAAUUGGAGAGAUUGGAAUGACUCCACCAAGUCGUAUUAUGGCAUGGGAUAUUGAUACCGAUGAAGAAGGAUGUUCAGCGUAAGUCCGUAGUUAGGGAUAUUGUAAAAUAAACUCCAUCAAGUUAAGGAUAUGAUAGAGCAUGCUAGAACAUUAACCAUUUUAUUCACCAACCAAAUACAAUUCAAAAACUGCGGACUGUGGGAACAAGAUUGACUUCAGUGUAGGUCACAAUGAUUCAUGCACCUUUGUAAGUAAUAUAAAGUGAACAAGGUUGGCAAAUUUACAUGCUGAUGGGUAUAUACUGACUUUUAAGCAGUGUAAGAAAACCCUUUAAUUUGUCUCACUUACCAAUAUCUCAAAGUUUACCAUUCAUAUUAUAAUAAUAAUAAUAAUAAUAAUAAUAAUAAUAAUAAUAAUAAUAAUAAAUAAUAUCACUCCCAUUUGGUGACUGCGAACCUUUCCAUUUACCUAAAUUUGCAGCAGUGACAUUUUGCCGUGGUAUUUUUGUGACCAAGAUGACGACAAAAAGGUCAGUGCAGUUUACAUUGCUGUUAUAUUUCAGUGUUGAAGCUUCUUUAUCGGUUUACACCUCUACUCCUGCAUGUUUAGCCAAUCAAAAUUUAUUGAAAGUCUCUUAAUUAAGAACACUCUAUGGUAGUUUAGAGGCAAGAGUUUUUGUUAAAUUAGCUUGUACUACUAUGCUGUCACACGACAGUUCUUGGUGGGAUGACGCUUAGGAUACUUAUGCAUGCAAUCUACCCAAUUUGCAGGAGCCGAGCGCUACUUGCACAAGGAAAAGCAGAAAGAGGACAAUGGAAGACCGAGCGCGAAAUUUUCGUCAGUACUACCUCCCAAAGUAUUUGGAAGAAAAGGUCAGGGGAACUUAACUUUUGACUUUCUUUAUUCUUUGCGACUAUUUACAACAUUUACAUCCUAGCUAUAUGACGUUGACAGAAAAUCUAGUACAAUAAAAUUGGGCCAGGAAACAACUGAAAAAUGUACGUGCGCAGUAUGAUAAAAUAAUAGAGGAGUGUCCUUCACAGAAACCGGUUUCAACUAGAAAAAUUAAACAAGUAGCUUCACUUUGCUUUUGACCUUUGCAAGUCUUUUUACUUAACACAAAACGCUACAUGUAUAUAUAUAUAUAUAUUUGCUAUAUUCUCGCCGUGGGGUAAUAUUCUAUGCGACGUGAUUUGAUGUUUUGGGAAUAUAAACUCCGCCCACUUCAUACAACUGUUGUACACGCAGGAACGCAAGGAAGCCUUAUCGGUUUAAGAAAAUGACAUAUUACUUUUUUCUUUUUAGACCGACAUUGGAGAUCCAGGUGAUGAGGAGUUGGCGGAGAGCAACAAUGAACCCCUUACCUGCAUGGGAAUUACCAACAAUCAGGGCUCCUCUGAUAACGUGGUGAUCAUUGUCUCACUUACCCCCCAGUAAUGAUUCAAGUGUGGAAACGGAAGUAAGCCACAGCUUAGAAUCACAGCAAACAAAUCGCAGGUAAGGUCCUACCUUGGGCUUGAUUGUAAAUUGAUUUAAUUAAUCACAGGCUUCUGUGAGCCAACUAAUUCAUGCUGUAAGCGUAUUAUUAAUAGCCUGUACAACAGGCGUUAUUGGGUCGGGGCGCUCAGGUGGAAUUUCCAGCGCGCGCGCGAUGCGUGAGACAUGCGAGGAGAGGGGAAGGAAGUAGUUAUGGUUAUUGUUUUUCUUUUCCCUUCCCUCGCGUGUCUCGCGCUUUACGCGCUGCCCCAAAACCCACCUGAGUGCUGCCUGUUGUGCAGGCUAUAUUAUUUAGAGUUGAACAGUUGCGGUUACUGCUAGUUAUCUGAUAUCUUAGUACAACCGAGCCAUUGACAGCAUAUAAUCUUAUCACAAUGUCAUAAAUUAGGUUACGGUAAUGAAAUAACCCUGAAUGUCUCUCUUUUUGUUUUGGUUUCACUGCAGGGUUGUAAAGAUAAGAAGAGUUCAAGUUAUGGCGGAUAUGAUUAGCCUCUUUAAAGAUGAAACUGUAAUGGAUACCCCACUCAACGUGGUCAUGAUUAAUGCUUUUGGGAAAGAAGAGGACGGCGUGGAUAACAAUGGUGUUUUCCUUGACGCUCUUUCCUCAUUUUGGGCCGCCUUCUAUGAAUCUUGUACAAAUGGGGAAGAGGAGAGAGCUCCCGUCAUAAGACACGACUUCCAAGUUUCAGAGUGGGAGUCAAUAGGAAGAAUAAUUGUCAAAGGUUACAAGCAAGUGAAAUUUUUCCCUGUCAGAUUAAACAGAGCCUUUAUGACAGCCAGUCUCUUCGGUGAAAGCGCCAUAACCAAUGAACUAUUGACAGACUCAUUCCUGGCCUAUCUCAGUAAAGAUGAAAGAGAAUUGAUCAAGCUCGCUCUGAAUAAGGGAUUGGAUAAGGAACACGAGGAGGAAUGGCUGGAACUGUUGGAUCGGUUUGGGUGCAAGACCAUUCCCAAUGCGGAGCAAGUCGGAGAUAUCGUCUUGGAGAUAGCCCAUAAGGAGUUGGUCCAAACGCCAAGAUACAUCAUCGACAGCUGGAGUACACCGUUACUUGUGCUUCAGCAAGAAUUUCAGUCACCAGAUCUGCUUCAGCAGUUCUUUGAAAGAGGAAAACCGACCACUAAGAAGGUGAUAGCACUUUUAGAUGCAAAUGCUGAAACCAAUGCUCAAAGGGAGACCAUGUCCUACCUGAAGCAAUAUGUAAGUGGACUGGAGAGUGAGAAAUUAACGAAGUUCCUCCGAUUUUGCGCCGGUUCCAAUAUGAUGUGCGUGGAGAAGAUCACCAUCUCAUUCAACACUUUGGAGGGUGCCGUUAGACGACCUGUGGCACACACUUGCGGAGCAGUGCUGGAUCUCCCUACUACAUAUGCAUCCUUUCCUUUGUUCCGCGAAGAGUGGAACAGUGUCCUGUCGUCUGAGUAUUGGGACAUAGAUUUCCUUUAG